GCGGCAGCUGUUGCAAUUGCGUGAUAGAUUCCUCGCUUCCUCGAAUGUAGACACGUAGCAGUAAGAUGCUGAUAACGAAGCCAUGCAGCUGCCUACUGAUCGGAAUAAUUUUGAGCUUCCACCCGAGCCCGAGUCAUUCGAGCAGCAGCCGCAGCGGUAGCAGCAGCCAAAACUAUGAUUUUCCGACGUCCGCCGCCAUCCAUCGAUCCUUCCAAGUCAGUCCGAGCAAUCGCAGCAGUAGCAGUAGCAGCAGCAGCAGUCCAGCUGCUGGGCGCAGAAGACGUUACGCGCGAUUUCCCACGCUACCACCGGGCUACAUAAUCGAGAGCUCCGGCGGGCCUCCGCAUCUGGGACCGCCGCCGCCACCACCGCCUCAGGCCAGAAACGUCGGAUUCUCCAACAACUUCCGCUUCCACGGGCAGCCGCGCGAAUUUCCCAACUGGCGCCAGCAAAAGUCCUACUGGCGUCAGAGCUCGGUCGGUCCUCCGGGCUCCUCGCUGGCGCACCUAAACGCGAUCGAGUACCCGGGCCCGAUAAGAGCCUCGCCGCCGGUCAUGAGCCAUCGCACUCCACGGCUCAUAUUCCGCGAUGACUUUCCCAUAGUAUCCGGCAGCAAUAACUUUUUCCAGUCCAACCAGCUGCCCGACAUCGACGACGAUUUCAAAGAUCAUCGAAAGCAAAUUUUCAACGAGUAUCCACGAGCGGAGACAGAGCCGCGGAAAGAAAAUAGGCCGGUGUGGAAAGGUGACGAUUCGUUGUGCGCUGACGGACGGACCUGUGAAUUUUUUCUAAUGUGCUGGAUGUCCGCGGGCUUGCUCGACGGCAGCUGCGGCGGCAUCAUGUAUGCCUGCUGCCAUCGCAACCGGGAUUCGGCUAAGGCCAGCAGUGAUAAUUAUCUGCCGGACGAGCCGCUCAUAGAUCAGAUCGAGUCGCUCGCCACGGACUCGUCUUACGUAGCCGAAACCACCAGCCAGGAGCAAUGCGGUAUCUCAGCUACGAAGCAAACAGCUCAGAGAAGAAUCGUUGGAGGCGAUGAGGCUGGUUUCGGCAGCUUUCCUUGGCAGGCAUAUAUCAGGAUAGGGUCCAGUAGAUGCGGUGGAACACUUGUUAAUCGUUUUCAUGUAGUCACUGCAGGACACUGCGUUGCUAAGGCGUCCGCUCGACAAGUUCAGGUGACACUAGGCGAUUACGUGGUCAACUCGGCGACCGAAGCUCUUCCGGCCUACACAUUUGGAGUCAAGGAAAUUCGAGUUCAUCCAUAUUUCAAAUUCACGCCACAAGCCGACAGAUUUGACGUUGCUGUUUUAAAGCUUGACAGACCGGUUCAUUAUAUGCCUCACAUAUCCCCUAUUUGUUUACCCGAGAAGAACGAAGACUUUUUAGGACAAUACGGCUGGGCUGCGGGGUGGGGUGCUCUUCAAGCAGGUUCAAGAUUGCGGCCUAAAACUUUACAAGCCGUCGACGUACCCGUGAUCGAUAACCGCGUCUGCGAAAGGUGGCACCGAUCGAACGGCAUCAACGUCAUCAUCUACGAUGAAAUGAUGUGCGCCGGUUAUCGAGGGGGUGGCAAAGACUCUUGUCAGGGUGACAGCGGCGGACCUUUGAUGCUAGAAAAAACCGGCAAAUGGUACUUGAUUGGCAUCGUCUCGGCCGGAUAUUCUUGCGCGCAGCCCGGACAGCCGGGAAUAUAUCAUCGAGUCGCGAAGACGGUCGAUUGGAUAACAUACGUCAUUAGUACUUAA